AUGAGACUCGUUUUACUUAGUCUACCAGUGAUCUGGUACAUUUUCAAUCACCUUUUUAAUACUUGGCUUCCUACAAACUACAAGUUUGACAAAGUGGUUCUUCAAAAUCUCGUACAAGAAGUUCUUCAAGAUCACCCCGAGGGAAAUGCCACUGCGAUCAUGAUUGAUCUCACGCCGAAGUUACAGCAGGCAUACCCUGGUCUUAUCAAUGAUUUGAAUUUCGAACACUGGUUCUACAAUAAUGCUGGUGGUGCAAUGGGCCAAAUGACUAUUUUGCACGCGUCAAUUUCCGAAUACUUGAUCUUUUUUGGUACUUCUGUUGGAACUGAAGGUCAUACUGGUGUGCAUUUUGCCGAUGACUAUUUUACUAUUUUGACUGGUGAACAAAGAGCUGCGUACCCUGGGAAAUUGGAGCCCGAGGUUUAUAAGCCAGGUGAUCAACAUCAUUUGCCCAAGGGGCAUGUGAAACAAUACAUGAUGCCUGGUGAGAGUUUUGCUUUAGAGUUAGCUCAAGGCUGGAUUCCUGCAAUGUUACCCUUUGGACUCUUGGACACAUUGAGCUCAACAUUGGAUUUCCAUACAUUUUAUUUAACCUCGUAUUACACUGCCAAGGAUAUGGUUAAGAAUUUGCUCAACGGCAAAUUUUAA